CUAUGAAGACAUGAAGUCGUCUCCCUCGACUUAUAGAACACAACAAGUCGUCAAAAUUACGACGACAAGUUUAUAUAUACCAUGUCAUUUUGACAAAAUAUAUGUCAUCAUGUCGAGAUACGGCAUCCCGACUUUCAUACAUUAAUAUAUGUGUCGACUAGAAGUAACACGGAUGUCGACAUACUUAUUGUCAACAUACAGAGUAAAAAAAUAUAAGUUGUCUAAAAUAUGACAACAAAGUUUUUAAGGCAUGUGAUCAUGUCGUAUUAUUAACGCAACUUUACAACAUAAUUUUAUCGACAAACGAGAUGCUGAUCUACCAGGUACAUGCGUGUCGACAUACUUUUAGUCGACAAAGUGUACAAAAGAGAACAAGAUGUCAAACAACAUUACAACAAAAUUGUAUCACCAUGUGUUGCCGUCUAACGAUAGGACAACUUAUGACUUGAGUAAAACGCUUGCACUUUUUGAAUGGCCGUAACAUUGAAGAAUGAAGCUGAUAUGGUUAUGCCUGAUACUUCUUCAAAUCGAACGGGCAUUGGCAGUCCUUUCAAACGAUGAAAGAGAUGUUGCGAUUACGUAUUACUACGGAAAAGGUUAUACAUAUAAAGAAAUAUGUGGCUUUCUGCUAUUUUCACAUAAUACCAUAGUGAGUCUUCGUCAGUUGAAACGGAUCCUUAAACGAUUACGACUCCGAAGGCGGAAUGUGCCGAUUUCGUUACCGGAUAUAAUACAUGCUUUGUCCAAUAUUCUUGAAAGGGGCUUCGGUGAAUGUGGAUACAGGACAGUCUGGAAACUGAUCAAAUCUUCAACAACUGUACAUGUGACACAAGACAUAGUUAGACGUUUAUUGAGAAUUUGUGACCCCGAAGGUGUGAAUUUGAGAGCUCGUCACCGUUUACGGCGCAGAACUUACACUAAUAGAGGACCAAAUUAUGCUAUACAUCUAGAUGGAUAUGACAAACUUAAACCCUUUGGAAUAGGCAUACAUGGGGCGAUCGAUGGUUAUUCUCGAAAAUUACUGUGGUUAGAAGCGUGUUAUACAAAUAAUAACCCGCAUAUAAUUGCCGGAUAUUAUCUAACCUUUCUAAAACGUAUAGGACGCGUACCACGACUUGUUAGAGGGGAUGCUGGGACUGAAAACGUUAUAGUUCGUGAUAUCCAGGUUGCUCUACGAUAUGAACAUUCUGACAAUAUGGCUGCAGUUAAUAGUUUCUUAACAGGAACAUCUCCUUCGAAUCAAAGAAUUGAACAGUUUUGGGGCACAUUACGGGCUAGUUUCAGUGUGUUUUGGAGAAACCAUUUUAAAGAUAUGACGGACAGAGGAAUGUUAAACAUGGACGAUAGAAUACAUUUGGAAGUUUUAAGAUUUUGCUUUCUGCCUAUCAUACAACGCGAUCUUGACAAAUUUACUCAAGUAUGGAACCUACAUAGAAUUAGACGUCAAAGGAAUUCUGAGGUCCCAAGUGGUAUUCCUGAUGUUUUGUAUCACCAGCCAGAAGUGUUUCAUUCGUACGAUCAUUCGCUUCCGUUACCAUGCAAUGUUGAAGUGAUAACUCGUAUACAAAAUGACUAUGCAAAAGCCAAACCCAAAUUCGGAUGCAAAGACGAAUUCUUGCCAAUUCUAGAAGAGGUGUGUGGUCUACCAACUGACCAAAUACCAAGGCCGAAAACGGUCGACUUAGCGACUGAUUUAUUUUGUGCUAUUACAGAAAUAAUUAAUGACUUUUGAAUGAAUGGCGAUAUUUUCUGAUUUGUUAGAAAAAACAGUUUUUCUCACAGUUGUAAAAGUAUUACGAGACUAAUGUUAGUUUAUGUAUUUGAGUACACAUUGUUUAUAACAUUUGGAAUCUAUAUAUAAAUGACAAAUGAAUAAAACAUUGGCUAUUAACAUGAACAAUGUCUUAUUAGCUCGCAUGCACCAUAGGUGGAAAGUGAGCAUUAACAUUGACAUUGAUUUACAGCCCUAUAAUGGGUUCGCCCAUAUACACACAUAGUACAAGUUUGUGGGCUCUACUCAUCAUUUUGUUAUUGGAUCAUUUCAAUUUUCAUCCUUGCUUGCACGAUAAACAUGGAUACCUUGUUGCCCAAAAAUGAAUAAAUAUUUCAAUUUUUGUAUCUGUUGACCAUUAAUUUUGCUGUAGUACUCAUUGGUUAACUUAAAUGUUUUUGAUACAUUGUACUUUCAAAAGGAGAAAUACUAAAUUAAGUUAAGAAUUUUAAGACAUUCAUGAUUUUCAUGGCACUGUGUGCAUAAAUAUCCAUGCAAGUUUUUAAUCUGGUUUCACAAUGACAUGUACCUUGCAAACCAUGUUUCAGAAGAACAUACAAUUGUGGAUAGACAUUGCCAUUUUUUAAGAAAACCUUUACAUGAUAAGAAAGAGAGAAAGCUCAUAAUCAAUUCUUUAUUAUUUUUAUGAAAAAAAAUUAUCAAACAGUUUAUUUAUCCCGUUAUUACUCUAAACUUGGACAAAAGAUAACUGUAAGAGGACCCCGGGGGUCCUGGGUUACUCCCCUGAGAACAUCAUUCACAAACAUUUUCUUAUAUUUGACAUAGGGACCGGGCUUUUGACCUCAUGAGACCAAGAUUGAAAUCUCAUAUAGAUUUUGACAUGAGGAAAAUUGUGACAUAGUUUCACCCAGAUUAGACCAGAAUUGCGACAUUUUGCAUUUAGACAAGUUUUGCCUAAAAUUUGCCAAAGUGACCUAGAUUUAUAACAAACAAGACCCUUAUUUGGACUUUUUCUAGAUAUUGAUAGGACAAAAUUGUGACCAAACCUCACCAAGAUUGGACUUAUGUUGUGGCUUCUAGAGUGAUAACAAAGUUUUGCCAAUCAAUAUUUGACCUAGUGUCUUAGUUUUAUUCCAACAUGACCCACAUUUGAACUUUGCCUAGAUAUUGUCUAGACAAACAUGGUGUCUAAAUGUCAUCAACAUUCGACUAAAAUUGUGACUUUUAGAGUAUAAACAUGCUCUUUCUAAGAUUUAGCCUUGUGACCUAGUUUUUAUCCCGCAUAACUCAGAUUCAAACUUGGCCUAGCUAUUGUUUAGAGUAAUGCCCCAGACAAGGGAAAAGGGAUACCCCUGCCACUGACGCAAGUAAUACCGACAACAGUCUGGUGACACAAAAAAAUGUACGAAACAUAAAUAUAAGGAUUUUGGUACAUGUUCCACACAUGUGUAACUUGGUUGCUAUGACAAUGUAUCAUAAGCAGUUGCAGAACAAAAUAUUUAAUACUUUUAUCAACAAUUUAAACACCAAAAUUUUGAAAAUUUUGAAACAAAAUGUAUUCCUGACACGUAAUAAAGCUGUUAGAAGUAAAUUGAUCAACAAAUAUUUGGAAUUAAAUUGACAAAUACAUCAGUACAAGGUCCUAACAAUUAGUACUUUUUCCCAGCAAAGCAUACAAAAUUCACCACUUUAUGAUCCGUAACUGCACUAAUACAAUGUAAUGCAAAAAAUGUUAAUUUGCACAGAAGAAACAAGUAAACAGUUACAGUUCAAAAGAUACUUUUAAUCAAAGUAUGUACUAAAAAGCACAAAAGAAACAAGAGCUGUCACUGAAAAGUGACUUAUGCCCCCAAAGAAUGCUUUGACAUAACAUGCCAAAUGUUUGCCAAAAUACCAAUAACCGCCUUUGAUAAAUAUCAUUUCUAAAAUUUCCAUUAGAAGUGUAGGAGAAAUAGGUUAAAUUUUAAUAAAAGAAGCUUAUUUACUAAAAAAUUGAACGUUAAGAGGCCAUAACUGUGCAAAAAAUAAUCAAGCGGCAAAUCAAGGGAGUAUGCACAACUAUGCUUGGUGGCAAACAAUCCUGUGAAGUUUUACUGAAAUCCCCCCAUCGGUUUUAGAGAUGAAGCAAGGACAGGCUUAUUUUACCUGAAAAUUAAGCAUUAAGGGACCAUAACUGUGCCAGACAGAAAUUCAAGCAGAAAAAAGUGUAUGCAUGUUUGCACAACUAGACAUGGUGAAGUUUUACUUAAACCCCCCCCCCCCCCCCCAGCGGUUUGGAGAUGAAGCGAGGACAAGCUAAUUUUACUACAAAAAUUAAGCAUUAAGGGGAAAUAAAUGUGCGCCACCAAAAAAUCAAAGGGAAAAUCAAGGGAGUAUGCAAAACUAGGCCUAGUGACAAAAAAUCCUUUGAAGUUUCAAUGAGCCAGGCGGUUUUGGAGAUGAAGAGAGGACAAGCUAAUUUUACUAAGAAAAUAAGCAUUAAGGGGCCAUUACUGUGCACAAAAAAGUCAAGCGCAAAAUCAAGGGAGUAUGCACAACUAGGCAUGGUGUCAAACAAUCUUGUUAAGUUUCAGUGAAAUCCCCCAAGUCGUUUCAGAGAUGAAGCAAUGACAUGAUUAUCGAAUGGGCGGAAAGCCGUACAGUGCGAUUACUAUAUGCCGGGGACAUAAAAAAGCUUCAAACAAAAAUGAAUUUCUAAUUCAUUGGCAAACAUAAAAUGGUUGGACAAAUACCAUAACUUGGUUUAAGCAAACUCUUGUUCAAAACAAAACUCUUGGAGCUCUAACAGCUUUUGAAGUAAUCAAUAUUUUUUACCCCUUUGUUCACAAAAAAUAUAUCACAAGCUUUUUACUUUUAUAUGAAUUCGUAAAAUAACUCGCUUGUGUACAAUAUUUCAGCAACACUAAUGGUAAUAUAAUUCAUUAUAAAAAAAGUAUAGAUCGAUACGCUCGCUUCUUACAGGAUUUUACAAUGGAAGUGCUCCAUUUUCUGAUAAUUUUGGUAAGAAAUUAUCCUUGAUUAAUGACUGAUUGAUUGAUUGAUUGUUUAUUCAAGUAAAGUAUGUGAUUUCAAAUGUUUUCAAAUUAUAUAUGAUACAAUAUGUCACCAAUAUAAUAUAAUUGCUUGCCGGACAUUCUUUAUCUUUACAUAUCAGGCGUAUAUAUGUCUGUAUUCUGUCCAACAUCCGAGUGUGGAAGCUGUAUUAACUGGGGUUACGGCCAAUCCGUUCAGGGAUGAGCUUGUCACAUACUACUUCCGACUAGGAUACACGUGGAAGGAGAUUUGUGGGUUCUUGUUACACAUAAUGUUGCGAUGACUCUACGACAGUUAAGAUAAUAUAUCUGCCAACGAUUAGGACUAAGGCGAAAUGGUCUUUCUUCGCCAAUUCCAGAUGACUGUAUUAAAUGAGAUAAGAAAGCUACACAGAAGAGGUCUCGCAAAUGCCGGAUACCGUACAAUAUGGAGAAUACUGAAGUCAGCAAACAAAGUGAAUGCGACUCAAUACACUGUCAGGCGUAUAUUAAAAGCAAUUGAUCUAUCUGGUGUUUCCUUAAGGUCAAAUCAUCGACUACUUAUAUCAACAAGGGACCAAAAGAAUAUUAUUAUUCACAUAGAUGGUUACGAUAAAUUUAAGCCAUUUUGCAUAACAAAACUAUAGACGGCUAUUCGAGAAAGAUUAUGUGGUAACAAGCUGCUUAUACUAAUAAUGACCCAAAGAUAGUUGUCAGGUAUUACCUCAAUUAUAUCAAGACGAUUCGUCAAGUUCUGAUGAUUGUUCGAGCUGAUUUAGGCACAGAAAACUGUGUGAUUCGGGAUCUUCAAAUUGCUUAACGAUACCACCACGGAGAUCUUAUGUCUGGAAGAAAAUGCUUCUUGUAUGGAAGAUCAACAUUAAACCAACGAAUAGAAAGUUUCUGGGGUGUUUUAAAUAAUAAUUUCACAACGUUUUGGAAAAAUCUGUUUAAAGAUCUUCGCGACUCUGGAUACUUGCAUGACGGUGACCCCGUUCCCACUGAAUGUGUUGAUUCUGUUUUAUGUUUUUAAUACAAAGAGAUCUUGAUGAAAUAGUAAACAUGUGUAACUGUCAUCGAAUUCGUCGUCAACCUCAAAACGAGUGCCCCAGUGGUGUGUCACCCAAUGUGUUGUACUAUCAGCCUAAAAUUUAUAAUGGUGUUAACUGUGGAUAUCCACUUCCAUGUGAAGUUAAUGACAUCGAUAUUAUUGCUCAAAUGUAUACAACCAAGUGUCCAACGUUCGGUUGUAAAGCUGCUUGAAGAAAUAACUGGCAAGGACAGAGCCACACACUCUUGACAGCGCUAUUCGUUUAUUUAAAGAAUUAUCAGAAUACCUUAAUAACCUAUAAAGUAACAAAGAAGGAAAACGAAAUGCUUAUAGGGCAUACAUGUAUAUUUAAACUAUUUUAAACCUUGGAACCUUUUGAGAUAUUAGGUUCAUCAGGGAUCUAAUAAAAGCUGUUUUCAUAAUGCUUACUUACACAUCCUUAUAUUCUGUUGGUCAAAAACCAUUAUAUACUGAACAUUAUAUAACGUUUCCUUGAGAGUCCACUGUUGAAAAAUAUUUUUUAAACUUCGUAACUUUAAAACGUCAGGGAAUCGCUCCGAUAGAUGCACCGCAGUGCUUAGGGUAUUUUUUCUUUUGAUCUAGCAGCAUAUUUAAAGAAUAUUAAAACAUAGUUCUACCCGAAAUUAACCAAAGAUGUAUUCCAUAAAGAAGUUUAUCGAAGCUUACAGAACAUUUCUGUACUUUUUCGAAAAAUACUGUGACGAAAUAGAUUCUCUAUUCACACAUCAAUAGUAAUUUGACGAAUCGUUUUAAGGAGGACAUUCGAAAAGCUAUUGUGUUGAAAACACCGUUGUUUUAAAUUGUACUAUGUUUAAAAAUUUUAAAUAAGCUACUGGAUACUUUAUAAGAAACAUUUUUAAACAUUGUUUACAAACUUGCAACAGCGAACAUCAAAAUUAAUUUAAUACUGACAUUUCUAGAAAGAUAUCUUGUUUUUAUUUACUCGAGUAUCGUUUUGUUGCAACUCAUUUACUCCUUUAAUAUUUUAAACAGUCUAAAAUGUGAAACUGUGUCCAGAAAGCAUUAUUAUUCAUGCCAGCUUGAUUAUUUCAGUGAAAUGUUGUAUAUAUGUACAAUGUCUUUCUUUAAUGUCUAUUUUGUUCGUGUUCAUCAAUUUCAUUAAAUAAACUCUGUCAUGGAAAUGUUUUUAAAUGCUUUCCUUCAUUAUCAAACUUGACUUAUCCAGCACUUGUAGUCAAUAAUCAGUUAGUCUUAUUGUUUGAUUAUUAUAAGGUUAGCGGAAAUUACGGAAUCAAAUCAUUUGGACCAUCGGUCUGUCCGUUUCUCUGCCACUAGACUAAAUAUCUUGGUGAUAGCUUUGUUAAUACAUGCAUAAAACAAGGAAUUAGUAACGAUUCGCCACAAUAACGAUUCGCCACAUAACGAUUCGCCACAGUCAAAUAACGAUUCGCCACAGUAUGAUUAUAACAAUAAUUUUCUUAGUUUGACUAGUCCUAGUUCAAUUUUAUCAACAUUUUUUUAAAUAAUUCGACAAGGACAAUAAUAAUGUUUCUAAAUUAAUAUAAGUAAUGUGAAGUUAUGGCCCAGCGCAGAUUUUUCAAUU